CCUUCCCCAUAUCACCAGAGGCCAGUCUGGACCUCAGGGCUUUGGAGGAACGAGCGCGUAGCAGUGUCCAGGUAGCUGCGGAGGAUGGUGACGGAGCGGCGGGAUCCAGAGUUUGGACCAUCCCCGAAGUGACUGGAAACUGAGGAGGCUCUGAAAACAUUGAUUGAUGUCCCUUUCUGAACACUGCUAAGAAAGAGAAGUGCAUUCUCCAGAUUAUUCAUACAGGUGCAGCAAUGGAUCUUGUCCUGGAUUAUGCAGAUAGUUCUAUUUUGACACCUUACGUUUAUCCAGCAACCUGGCCAGAGGACAAUGCUUUCCGACAGAUCAUCAGCCUCUUUGUUAUAACAAACCUGGGGGCAAUCGUCCUAUAUCUUCUGUUUGCCACUCUCAGCUACUACCUGCUUUUUGAUCACACGUUAAUGAAGCACCCCCAAUUUUUAGAGAAUCAAGUGCAGCGGGAAAUAAAGCACACCCUCUCAUCUUUGCCUACCAUCAGCGUUCCCACCGUGGCCAUCUUCUUUGCUGAGGUCAGAGGCUACAGCAAACUCUACAGCAGCGUUGAGGAUUCUCCCCAUGGAUGGUUUGACGUGAUUUUCAGCAUGCUUUCAUUUCUGUUCUUCACCGAUAUGUGGAUUUACUGGAUUCAUCGGUUUCUCCACCACAAGCUCCUCUAUAAGCGUUUCCACAAACCCCAUCAUGUAUGGAAGAUCCCAACUCCGUUUGCCAGCCACGCUUUCCACCCCCUGGACGGUUUCAGUCAGAGCAUCCCUUAUCAUGUCUACCCGUUCCUUUUUCCUCUUCACAAAGUGACCUAUUUGGUCCUUUACAUCUUCGUCAACGUCUGGACAAUCUCCAUUCACGACGGGAACUAUUGCGUUCCCGGUCCGCUGAAAUCCAUCAUCAACGGAUCUGCCCAUCACACGGACCACCACUUGUACUUCAAUUACAAUUACGGCCAGUACUUCACCCUCUGGGAUAGAAUCGGGGGCUCCUAAAACCCCUCUUCUUUUGAAGGUCAGGGCCCCCACGCAUAUUUGGAAAAGCUGGCGAACGGCCAGGAGGAUAAGAAACUCCCAGGAGCGAAAAAUAAAUAGCAAGCCCUCCCAACGGAAGGAUGAGGAACCUCUAUGCCUUAUCAACUGCGUAGCUGGAAGUCGACCCCCCCGUCUCCAUCCAUUAGCUUCCAAAAUG